AUGCAUUUGCAUUGCUAAAUUAAGCUAUUAAGCAAUACAAUGUUGACAAGCAUAUUCAAAAUGGGAUCUAUCAUCUCUAAGGACAGAAAAAGCUCAUGAGAUUCUGGUACAUGUGAAAAAGAAAGGCUAUGCAAAAGCGCCCUCCGAUUAUAUUUCAGUCAGGUUUCAGCUUAGCACCUAAACCAUUCUUUUCAAAUUUUGGUGCGAUUAUAACAUUUGCUAUAUUGGGAACGUUUAUAGCCUCAGUUGUUACAGGUCUUUUAGUCUACCUUGGUGGAUUAAUAUUUAUCAUGUAUAGACUGCCCUUAUUUGAAUGCAUGAUGUUCGGUGCUCUAAUAUCAGCCACAGAUCCUGUGACCGUGUUAUCUAUAUUUCAGGAACUCGGCACUGAUAUGAACCUGUAUGCAUUGGUGUUUGGAGAAUCUGUUCUAAAUGAUGCAAUGGCAAUUUCCUUAUACAGGACAAUGUCAUCGGUAAGAAGCCAUGCUUCAUCUGGACAAAACUUCUUUAUGCUUAUUGUCAGAUUUCUGGAGACAUUUAUUGGUUCAAUGUCUUCAGGGGUUGGAGUUGGAUUCAUCUCUGCUUUGCUAUUUAAGUACGCCGGGCUUGAUAUCGACAACCUUCAGAACUUGGAAUGCUGCUUAUUUGUCCUUUUCCCUUAUUUUUCAUACAUGCUCGCAGAGGGCCUCGGUUUGUCUGGAAUUGUUUCAAUAUUGUUCACUGGAAUUCUUAUGAAGCACUACACCUUCUCAAAUUUAUCAGAAAGUUCACAGCAAUUUGCUGCUGCUUUUUUCCACUUGAUAUCAUCUCUUGCAGAAACGUUCAUAUUCAUAUACAUGGGUUUUGAUAUCUCCAUCAAACACCACAGCUUGUCACACGUUGGCUUUAUCUUUUUCUCUGUUCUUUUCAUAGUGUUUGCGAGAGCUGCAAAUGUUUUUUCUUGUGCUUACUUGGUCAAUUUAGCAAGGCCAACCAGCCGACAUAUUCCAAUGAAACAUCAGAAAGCACUCUGGUAUAGUGGACUCAGAGGUGCUAUGGCUUUCGCCCUUGCUCUACAAUCUGUACAUGACCUUCCUGAAGGACAUGGAAAAACAAUAUUCACAGCUACCACGGCAAUAGUUGUUCUAACUGUCCUACUAAUAGGAGGUUCUACCGGGACUGUGCUGGAAUCUCUGGAAGUUGUUGGUGAUGUACACGAUGAUUUAAUUGGAGAGAGUUUCGAAGAUAACAAUGGCUACAUCGCCCCAUCUUAUGAAGAGGGGACAUCUUCUAGAAGCAAGCUCAAGACGAGACUCCAAGAAUUACAUAGAAGUGCUGCUUCUUUCACGGCUCUUGAUAAGAAUUAUCUUACUCCCUUUUUCACAAGUCAAAAUGAUGACGACGAUGAUGAAGAUCUUGAUGAUGAGCAGCCGCAGAGGACGAGAAGUGUUGGCUUCCGAGAGCAUUAAUUUAUUAUCUGGGACAAAAAUUGUAAUCUUCUGUAUUAUCUUCAGGAUUCUUUUCAUUGAAGAUAGAAUCUAUUUUCUCUACUGUACAGAACAGAUUUGAGAUUGUGCCUUCCUGCUAACUUAAUUUUGUUUUUUUUUUUCUUUUUUUAUACGUACUUGU